UCAGUCAUGUCCUUCACCAAGUAACUCGCCACAUCCUUACCUCCCCUCUACUUUAAAGACAAGUACAAUGUCAAAAAGACGCUCGACGGAAGUCCGACGUCUACAUACUCCUUCAUCUCUCCAGGCUCCUCUGUCAUCGCCUGUUUCGCCGACCGACUCGGACUUGCCUGUUACACCUGCGAGCAGUAGCUCUUCUCGGACGAGGUUUCCGAGGGAGGUCGUGAUGGGUGAAGGGGGGAGUACUCUGUAUAGGCCAGGGAGAGAGGAGAGGGAAGAGAGGUGUUAUGAGUACCCGCUUGAGCAUUGUACGGGCUUGGUGGAGGUUAUUAGGGAUGAUGAGGAUAGGAUUGAUGUCGAGGCGGAGGAGAGGGCCUAUCGUGCGUUUGAUUUGGACGAAUCAGACUCUUCUGCACUAGGUCUUGCCAUGCGUAAUGACCGUCCAAGGCUUCUCACCGCCCCUGCUCGACCUCCAGGACAAGGAGUAAAACCAGCACCGAAACCGCGCGCACCGUCGUCUAUAUUCUCGCAUGAUAUAUGGGUAGGAGAGAAUGGUGAUGCGGAGAAGGAUGUUUCGUUUGCGAAGGGUGUAAGGAUUGUUGGGUGGACGAGUGUGGGUGAUAAGAGGGGUGGGGCGUAUGUCGUGUACGACUGUGCGAUCCUCACGCACGCACUAACAACAAUCCACAUUCACAAACGAUACAGUUCCUUCUCGUCAUUACACAGUACACUCCUCGCCACGCUUCCCGGGUCCGUACGACAUCAAGUUCCACCUCUCCCACCGCGUACGGCGUGGCAGCGAUUUAGGCCGGGGUUUUUGGAGAAGAGGAGGAAGGCUUUGCAGGCGUGGCUUGGUGGUGUGUUGUUGCAUCCUGAGAUUGGGGGGUGUGGGGCGGUUAGGGAGUGGGUUAUGGCGGGAUAGUUUUGGCGUCUGGGACUUUCAUUAUUUCGCUGUUUGAUAUGUUGUGCUUUACAUGGAUGCUAGUAUGCAGGACAUAGACCUCUAUCGUAUGGUAGUAGUACUGUACUUUUCUCGUGUAUAGUAAUUUCAUGCUGGACUUUGAUAUGGCAUUCUGUAAUCUGUUCUCAC